CAUGUCACUUAAAAAAACAAAUAGACCACACCAAAUAAUAUAUUAUAUAGUUUUGAGCACUAUUCUAGGAAUUUUAUACAUAUAUGUUAUUCCUUUGCUUUGCUGCUCAAGUCAUGUGUCUCAUGUGCCAAUAAAAUUUGUUACAAAAAUUUACAUGCAACACACCCAUCUUAAAAAAUACAUUUUUUUUUCUAUUAAUUAAAGUUUAAUCCGAGUAUUAUGUUUCACAUUAUUAUUAAUCAAUUUUGGUUUCAUAUGACUUUUUUUUUUUUUUUUUUUUGUAGAGACACGUACUUGUGUUCAACAAGACUUCAUCGUCAAUCUGAUUCAAUCAACCACCACCUUAAUAAAUAAAUAAAUAAGGCCAAAAACCACCUCUUAACUAUAGCUCUCUUCUUAAUCAGUGAAAAAAAGGGGUUUUAUUUUGGUUUGUGUAAAAGGACAAUGGUGAAGGAAAUGAGAGUUGAUUCGAAUGUGUUGAAGCACAAACAUUUGGUUGUGAAGUUGGCAGUGUCUUUUCUCUUGGUGGGUUUUGCUUUUCGUCUCUUGUAUCCUGAUUCUUUCAGAUUUUCCACCGACUUAGUAGAGACCAGCUCUACCGACUUGGAAGAGACCACCACAAACACAGACCCCUCUUUGCCUUUGGCUUCCUCCCCAACUCAAACGCUUCUUCCUUUUGAUUUUUUUGAAGAUCAAGCCCAACUAUCUCACAAUGAGACAGAAGAUUCAGAGUCCAAAACAGAGAAAUGUGAGAUAUUCAGAGGGUAUUGGAUGGCAGACACAUCAGGGCCAAGGUACACCAAUGAGAGUUGUCAAGUUAUAGAAUCUCAUCAAAACUGCAUGAAAAAUGGGCGCCCUGAUUCUGGCUACUUGUACUGGAGAUGGCAUCCAAAGGACUGUGAAAUUCCCAGACUCAGUCCUCAGAGAUUUCUUAAUCUAAUGAGAAAUAAAUCGUGGGCUUUCAUUGGUGACUCUAUUUCUCGUAAUCAUGUUCAAUCUUUACUCUGCAUUCUCUCUCAGGUGGAAAAACCUGUUGAGGUUUACCAUGACGAAGAGUACAGGUCCAAAAGAUGGCGUUUCCCUUCUCAUAACUUCACCGUAUCAGUGAUUUGGACUCCGUUUCUCAUCAAGGCAGACAUUUUUGAAGACAUGAAUGGGAUAUCUUCUAAAGAAAUCCAACUUACCCUUGACAAGUUGGACAAAGUUUGGACGGAUCAAUAUGAGAGCCUCGAUUAUGUGGUGAUUGGAGGGGGUAAAUGGUUCCUUAAAACUGCAAUAUACCAUGAGAACAAUACUAUCUCGGGCUGCCAUUACUGCCCCGGGAAAAACCUAACUGACUUAGGAUUUGAGUAUGCCUAUCGCAAAGCUCUUCGUGAAGUUCUUAGCUUCAUCACGAGUUCUAAGCAUAAACCGGUUGUUUUCUUAAGAACUACAACUCCGGACCACUUUGAGAAUGGAGAAUGGUUCAGUGGAGGAUAUUGUAAUAGAACAGUUCCCUUUAAAGAAGGUGAGGUUGAUAUGAAAGAUGUGGACGCUGUAAUGAGAAGUAUUGAAUUGGAAGAAUUUGACAAGGCUUCAGAAACUGGUUCUAAAAAUGAAACUGUUUUAAAGCUGCUAGACACAACCAGUCUAUCUUUGUUAAGGCCGGACGGGCACCCUGGUCCAUACCGUCAAUUUCACCCGUUUGACGAAGAUAAAAAUGCUAAAGUUCAGACUGAUUGUUUACAUUGGUGCUUGCCUGGUCCAAUUGAUUCUUGGAAUGAUUUGGUGAUGGAAUUGUUGGUCAAUGGUGAUAAAUAUCAGUAAAAUCAAAGAACUCAAAGGAGGGAAGAAGUAGAAGAUCGGUUGCUUCACAUUUAAAGUCAUAUACAGAGUAUUUUUGCAGUGAUCUUGGACCUGAUUUGAAUCUCAAAUAGGGAAGGUAUAUUGGCUUUUGUGGUAAGAUGACACAUUGUUGAGAUAAUGAUCGAAACAGGGAGGGGAGAAAUUUGUACAAAACUAUUUUUUCCACAUUACGUUGCUUUUGAAAUUCUUUUUCUGCAGUGCAGCAGCAAAUAGUUUGAACCCUUUGUUGAAUAUCAAAGGAUCGCGUUACACACAAAAAUAAUAAUAACUGCACCCACUACCUAUAUUUUAAA